GCUGGCGAAAAAUAUUUACGGAAGUGGUGUACACUAGCGCCAUAUGGCAGUUUGUCAAUCUCAUCCUGAUGAUAUGCUAAUAUGCAGACAGACAGUCGUGUUCCCUGUCUAAAGACUGAGUUGUUGAGAUCUUGCGGGACAUUUCGUGUUCUUGUUGGCGUGACAGGAAGUGUUGCAGCCUUGAAACUGCCUCUUUUGGUAUCGCAGCUUCUUCAGCUCCCUGGGGUGGAUGUAAGAGUGGUCACCACAGAGCAUGCCAAGCACUUCUACAAUCCUGCAGAGGUUUCAGUAAAAAUCUACAGUGACAAGGAUGAGUGGGAGCUGUGGACUGAGAGAUCUGACCCUGUGCUACACAUUGAGCUAAGGCGCUGGGCAGACCUGCUUGUCAUUGCCCCCCUUGAUGCCAACACUCUUGGAAAAAUUGCUAAUGGAAUUUGUGACAAUCUGCUGACAUGUGUUGUAAGAGCAUGGGAUACCAGUCGUCCUCUCCUCUUCUGCCCUGCAAUGAAUACAGCUAUGUGGCAGCAUCCCAUUACAGCCCAGCAAGUAUCCAGGCUGACAGAGUUUGGAUACGUGGAAAUUCCCUGCAUUUCCAAGAAGUUAGUAUGUGGAGAUGAAGGUAAAGGGGCCAUGGCAGAGGUAUCAACGAUUGUCAGUGUUGUCAAACAGUAUCUUCAGACACCAGAUGAGUCAUCUCCCACAUCAGACUUAUCACAUCAUAUUGCAGAUGCCUCUGUCACCAAAGACAAAUAGAAAAUUAACAUGAUGUUUUCAAAAUUAGUUUGUGUUCAAACCCUCAAGGGCCUAUACACCCAAGAUAAACACUGUUGCUUUCAACUAUGUUAGUAGUUCAUUGUUAGUAGUUUAUGGGAUUGCAUGAAUGUGUGCAGAUGAUUAUUUAUGGGCCUUUCCCUGACUCUGUUUGUUGCACCUGUUAGGGCAGGGCAUCAUGCACCUUUACUCUUCUUAUUAGUUCAUGGACUUUGGUGGCCUCAUGCAAUUCGUUGCUCAUUCAAGAGCAACCUCUGCAACCUUAGUAUCCAUGUUAACAAAAGAAUGACAUUUUAGCUGUUGCCAGCGGCUGUUGGAGCUCAUUUUUUUAACAGUUUAGUGCUUGAUUUUAUAUGUAUCAUUUGUUCAUGUGGUUCCUACUCACAUAAUUAAUCUCUUGUUGCAGCAAAAAUACCCAUUAACUGACCCAACUACAGUGGGUGAUUUCUGUGUAUAUUUGUGUUGUUGACAAAGCAGCAUGUCAUUGGUGACAUUAGGGAAAACUGACUGUUCUUUGCAUCACUUCCCGAUAGCAGCACUGUGAAAAGGCUUUUCAAGGAAAACAUUGUGUUCCUUUGAAUUUUUCUUUCACUGUUUUUUGUUUAAUAUAGCUGAGCAAACAAUGUGGUUGGUUAGUAAUGAUGUGUAAAAUAUGGGCGUAUUAUUUGUUUGUUCAAAUUUCUGUAUAAUUAUGGAAUAGAAAACUAACUCAACUCAAAUAUUCUAGCUUUUUCGAAAAAGGGAUGAUUAUUCCAGGGAUGUUAACAUUGCUUUGCUAAUGUGUGUGUCACAACAGAAUUGGAUAAAUACUGUCAGUGUCAAAAGUAAAAAAUAAAUAAUUAAAUAAACAGUUUGCAAAUUAAA